AUGACUUGCAGAACAGUUUCUUGCCCCCAGCCGGGGUCAGUUUCACGUCUGCUCAGGGUCUGCAAGCUCAGAUCCCCUUCCAAGGUCCGUGGAGUCUAUUCUCCCGCCUCCUGGCAACCGGGUCACCGCCGUCCCUGCCCCAGGCACCCAACCCUCCAGCGUAUCCCAGCCGCGCCCCCUUGGCCGUACUGUCGCCUUCGAUCCGGGCUCGGCAGCGGAUCUGGCAAGCAGAACCGUAGACCGCAAGGAGAACAGGAGGGAGGGGUCCUCCCCGCGCGUGCCCCGCCUCCCCACGCCCAGUCCCGCACCUCCCCACCUUGUGCGCCCAGCUUGGGCUCCGCUUUCCUUCCGGGGAAAGAAAAAAGGUCCGGGCUCGGCCGCCGCCUCUUAAAGGGGCAGCACCGCCCCUCCCGCCUCAUCCUCCCUACUGCGACUCCGCCCUCUCCCCCAAACACCUGUCGGGUGCCCUCAAAGACUUGUGUUUCCCUUCUCCGCCCCUCGCUUCUCCAGAGAAGCGUCGCCUCCGGAGCAAGAUGGCUUGGACGGGCGGGGCCGUGGGUGGGAUUUGCCCAGUGCCUUGCUGCGGCGGCUAGUGCGGCUAGAAAGGCCGUUCCAGGCGCGGCCACCUCGGCCUGGAUGGAGAGAACUGGCGUUGGUGCAUCUGCUCACCGACUUGCGCGGCUACCUGGAAUGCUGGACUCGCCUCCGCAGAGCUGGCUGAGCCUUCUGGUAUCAAGGGAUAAGACUGUCGAUGUGGAAAUGAGCGCCUCCUUCACAGAGCGCACUUCGGGCCAGGGAGCUUCGCCCAGACUGAACCUGUUCUCAUCCACUCCUGCCUUCAGCGCCCAGCCGGGCAGAAUCUCAAAGGUCCCCUCCUACCAUUCACGCUCGUACCGAGUGUUUGGAGACUGGGCGGGACACUACCCCUGCAGGUGUGUAGUGGGAAGCGCCAGGUGGUGAUAGGUGGGAAGGGCCUAAAGAUAUCAUCCACCAAAGAAUUAAACUGAAAGGGAACUUCAAGAGGUCACUAUGUACUUUCUUGAGUCUAAUUCAGAUUUCCCCUAUUGCAGCACAAAAACCCCUGAGCAUAAAGAAAAACCAUGUAUUAAGCACUUACGCAGCAGAAACUAUGCUAAAUGCUUUACAAUACUAUUAGAUUAAAUCCUUAGAACACUCUCUGAAGUGUUAUCUCUGUUUUAAGAUGAGAAAACUAAGGCUCCGGGAGAUUAAGCAAUUUGGCAGAGGCCACAAAACCAAGAUUCUAAUCCUAUGUCAUCUGACCCUGGAGCCCUUCUUAACCACUUAUGCUAAUAAUUAACAUUUGUACAAUACUUUGGUCACAUCUAGGUUUGGUGGGGCCUGAAGCUUGUGCAAUUUGGGGGCUCUCUUUAAGGAAAAGAAUAAAGAAUUAGAAGUAGAAAUCAGAUUCAGAGCCUGGGAAAGGAGCCCAGCCUAACUUUAUAGUUUACAAAUCAUUUCACCAGGAGACUCCCUGUGAGGUCAGGGUUAUCAUCUUCUUUUGACUUAAUAGAAAACAGAGCCUCAAGAGGUUACCUGGAUGUUGAAGGUCAGGAAGCUUAUGGGAGGCAGAGCUAGGACCAGAAGCUAUUGACCACAACUGUGUCUUUAAGAAACACAUUGAGGGGCG